CUUUAUUGAUUACAAUGAAAAUUUGUGAGUGUUAUGAAUUGGUCUGUAUUUAUUGACAAUAGGUAGUAAUAAUAUUCUAUUUCUAUUUCAUAGUAAUUUUUCGACGUACAUAUUACGAAUCAAUAUUUUUAUGAGAAGUGCUUGUCAGUACUAAAAGCUACAUCGGACUACCGGAAACAAUAUUUCUCAUGAAAAUGUAAGUUAUUUUCCAAUGACAAUAAUAUUAGGAUUGUUACAAUAAUACAAACACUGUAAGCUUAAUACUUUAUCAUAUCUUACUGAUGUUUAAUCAUCUUUAUAGAUACGAAUAUUUUCGUUGUGUAAAAUAAUAAUACUUUUGACCCAUUUGUUUUAUAUAGUGUUCGAAUUAGAAUUAAUAAAAAUAACAUGGACACCAAUACUUAUGUGUAUCAUUAGGUACUGAUAAUGUAAUGUUUGGAUGAACCAUAAAUAAUUUUUUAGAAUUAUAGAAAUUUGAUUUAUUAUUUUGUAGUUCAAUGUAUUUAUAUUAUCAUAUGUUGAUCUUUUGACUUCAUUAAACUAUAAUCAAUGGUUCUGAUUGUUUCUUUUUUUUUUUUAAUGAAUCAUAUUUAUGGGUUGUCUUGUCGCAUUAACAGACAAAACAGAAUCUUGUUGUGACCACAUAUCCCAGUAGAAUGAUCAAGACGGUCAUAUACCUUAUCAAUUUAUAAUUUAACUCAUAUGUGCCCUUUUGUUAGGUUCCUUAUAUGAUGUAUUCUAUUGUUUAUUCACAUCUGAACAAUAAUGUUAACACAAGUGUAAUAUCGACUGUUACCAGUAUAAAAUUAUGUUGGUUCAUUCAAAAGUCAUUAUCUGAUUUUAUUUCUUUUAGAUUUUAAACAUAACAAGGGAUUUAUUGGUGUUACUAUAAUAUAUGUUUAUUUUUUUUGUAUUUGUGAACAAUCUUGCUCCAAUCAAAAAAUCUCAAGAUAUCACCUUUUAUGUUGCAUUUUGGAUUUUUUAUAAUAUGUGUAUAUACGGUGGGAGCAUGGUAUGCCGAAAUGUAUUUUUUGACCAGGGAAAUUUAAGGUAAAACACGUAAAAUCAUCACAUUCUCUCUGUUGUCCUGUCCAUAAUGGAUUUAAAAUUAUAUUCAUAUAAUCAAAUAUUUGUUAUGGUUUUAUUUUGAAUUUCGUAUUAUGUUAUAAUAAUGUUUUAAUGGUUUUACUAUAUUAUUAGUUUCCUUUAAAAAUAAUAUUUUUGAUGAAUCAUAUCGAAAACAAUUCUUAGUCACUCAUUAGUUCCCUCAAACAGCCCCAACAAACGCAUUUAUAAAAGGCACCAGUGCAGGCACCAGGCAUGAUCACCAGUGUUCUGUUUACAAUUUAUUUUAAUACUUUCUAUUUUGUAUAAAAACUUCAUUCUGUAGUUAGUAUAAUUUUAAUAGUUAAUUAAUUGUUAUUUUUUGGUAUUAUUUUACAACCUGUUCUUUCUUUAUAAAUAUUAUAUAUUAACUGGAAUUCUAAUGAAUUCUUAUUUUACUUACUCAUACAAUUGUAUUACUAAAAUAAAUGUUUUUUACGUAGGAUGUCUUGCUCCCUUGGACUACAUUUUUAAAACCAAUGUGCAGUUUCUGAAAUGGAACUUUUAAACUUUUAAAUACAAAUUAUAAACAUUAAUUUUUUGAGAAAUCACAAAGCUAAAAGAGAUAAUUUAAAACAAUAGAAAUAUGAAAAACCAAAAACAUAUAUAAAUAAAUGAUCCACUGAGAAAUUCCCUGUAUUUUAGUGGGCCAGUAUAGAGUUGACCAUACUAUAUCUCACUACUAAAUAUUUUACAAUUAAAUAUAACAAUACAUAUCUAGUAAAUAAUAGUUAUUCAAUAUACACGUAUAGUGUUUGAGUGUAAAAUAUUUUCAAUAAUUAAUACUAAUUUAAAGCAAAAAAAAUGUAAAAUGCCCUGUGCUCUGAGAAUAUUCCCUAAAAAUCAUUUUCAUACAAUUUUAGAACACUAAAAUUUAUGUAUAAUACUUACCUUGACUUUUUUGAUUAUUAAUUAGGUAUUUUAUUUAAUCAUCUUUGGAACUUAUUCUAAUUUGGUUUUCAUUUAGAUAAAAUUCUGAAUACAUUCAAUAAUUGAGAUCAAGAUGAGUGAUGAUGAUCGUGAUAUUGAGUUAGAGACAGCAGAAAAGCGAGCACACCAUAAUGCAUUGGAACGUAAGCGACGUGAUCAUAUUAAAGACAGCUUCACAAGUCUGAGAGAUUCUGUUCCAUCAUUACAAGGCGAAAAGGUUGCAAGCCGUGCGCAGAUAUUAAAAAAGGCAGCUGAUUACAUACAGUUUAUGAGACGCAAAAAUGUAUCUCAUCAACAAGAUAUCGAUGAUCUCAAACGACAGAAUAAUAUUUUAGAAUCUCAGAUUAGAACGUUAGAAAAAGCCAAGGCUACUGGAAAUUAUGCUAUGGAGUCUAGUGAACUAGCUUUAGAUGUGUCAGGAUCAGAAAACUCUGAUAUAUCAGAUGGUGAACUUCAGAAGUCUAAAAGAAGAUUAAAAAAACAGAAGUUUGGUUAUUAGACUCUAAUUUAUUUUAAAUUUGUAUUUAUCUAUUACAUAUGAGGUAGGUUAAUAAUUUAAACACGAUCUUAUUUGAUACAAAUUAAAAUAUGUUAAGAUUAACAGUUUAAUGAAAAAUAUGAUUCUAAUUGUUAAUUUUUUUUUAUAUAACAUCAUUUUUAAAAAUUGACAGAUAUUUGUGAACAAAAUAAAUAAAAAUAUAUUACAUAUAUAUAUAUAAAUAAAUUUGAUUAGCACAAUCACAUUGUGUUUUUUCUUUAAUAAUUUCUAAGAAUAUUUGCCAAAAAUAGAUGUUAUACAAUAAAUAAUUAACUCUGUAUCUGAUUUUUCAUAUUUUAUUAAUAACUUAAUUACAUUUACCUAUAGAGUAGGAAUAAAAUAUAUUUAAAAAAUUCACAACACACUUAAGAUAAAGUAUUAAACAAUUAUUCAUUAUUAGUUUUGCAUUAUAUUAUAUGCAAUGAUUAGAUUAAGAUUGAUUUUAUAAUAAUAUUAUUAAUUAAUAUUAAUAUAAUUGAUUCUAUUAUAAUAUUAAAGUAUUAAAUCAAUUGAUUAUUAACGAAAACAAGUUUAUUUCAUUAAAAGUAUUAUUAUUAUGUUGGCAAUUGAAUCUAAUAUUUCCAAUAUUUCAGUUUUUCAUUUAUAAAAUCAUAUAUUAUAUAAUAGUACCACUUAACUUAGAAUUAUGCAUAUAUAUUAUAUGUAUAUACGUAUAAAAUAUUUAUACAUAAUGUAUAUUAUAAAAAAAUAAAAUAAAAGCUGUUAUGUUCAUUGUUUUUUUUUUAAUUAAAUAAUAUUUGGAAGAUGUUGUUUUGGAUGAUAUAUUUAAUUGUAGAUUUAUAGUUUUUUGUUCAUUGUUAUUUUUUAUUUAUAUGUAAGCUUGUACAUUAUGUAUUAUUUAUUUUAAUAAUAUAUUAGGCUAUUAACAUACAUUUUUUUCUAAAAUAGUGUCACAUUCAGGAUAAUAUUUCAUACAUAUGAAGUAUAAUAUUUUUAAGUGAUUAGGUUAAAUUUUUAUGUUAUUAAUGAUUAUAUUAAAUUAAUUAUUUGUAAUACAAUAAAAAUUAAGAAUAGCAAUAUAGUACACUGGCAUAUUUUGAUCCUAUAUUAUGUUGUAAUUGUUCUUUAGUUUUUAAACAUUAAUCAAGUAGACGCUAAAAUCAGUAAAAUACAUACCUACUAUAGUUUAUGUACACUUCUUGUUAAUUAAUACUGUUGCCUUAAGUCAUUUUUUUCACUAUUUUCAAUCAUUUGUUAAUAUUGAAAUGUGCAAUGAAUUAAUUUUACCACAAUUAAUUGUAUUUAUUUUAUAUAUAAUUGUACACUUCAGUUUCAACCUGAUACAAACAUAGUUUUAUAAAAAUAGUCAAGUAUUUUUUCUUAAAAUUUAAAUUUAACCAAUACAUUUAAAAGUUACUACAUACAGAGUAUAAUAUGGUGUAUAGUGUAUAUUUCAUACCCCAUAAUUUUGAAUUCUUUCAUAAACCAGGUACAACAUACUUAUAAUGUAAGAUUACUAUAAUGCUAUUUUAUGAAACAUUAAUUUGUAAAAAACUGGUAAAUAUCAAUAUGUACUCACCUAACUAACCCACCUAUUUAAAUAUUUUCAACUGGAA